GAUAUGGGUUGCGUUACGUCAUGUAAAGUUGUAAAGUAUAAACAUGCUCCCAACAGCCUGUGUUGGGUGAGGGUGCCCGUCUUCCAGGCAGCGUGAGGAGGCAGGACGUAACACUGGUAAUUUCGACUCCAUACCUAGCCGCCACGAGAGCUUAGAGUACAUCAUCCAUAGCACAUAAGAGCUGCCUGCACCCUCAGAACAUCGCAUCACCGCCUGUGAUAUGACUACACAAAAACAUGGAGUGUUCAGCUGUUACUCUGCCCUUGGAGCCAAGAAGCAGUUCUGCAGACUUUGCUGAAAAUCCUUUAGAAGAAAAAAAUAUACAUGCAAAAAAUGAGGUUGUAACUUUCAUGGAUGAUGGUGCAAAUCAUGAAAAUGUUAUAAAUGAAGUUCAGAAUCAAAAGGAAGAUGAAAAUAAUCAAGUACAUGCAGGUUUCUUUGCUGAUGAUCCACAAAGGCAAGGAUAUAACACAACUGGGAGCAAUGGAGGCUCAUCACAACACAGCUCUGUUGAUCAAACCUCACGGGACCUUCAAGCCCAGGAGGAUGAGCUGCGGGAGUUGGGCAUUGAUGUGGUGGACCAAGUAUCACUGGAGCGCCGUGUUGAAGCAGCUGUUGAUAAAGCAGUUGCAACACAUGCUCGCAAACAGAAGCUGCAGAUUCUCAAAAAGGAAAUUAAAGAUAUCAGAAUGGAGAGUAAGAGUGCAGAAAACAAGAUGCUGGCACUGAAGAAUAGAUUAACAGGUAUGCAGCAGCGUGUUGUGGAUCCUCGUAUGUAUUUUAGGGUUGAGGAAGAUAUGAACAGUAAAGCUCAGCAAUUGAAGACACUCAGGGAACGAGAAAAAUUUCUGGAACAGAAACUAGCAUCUGCUGAGACGAAUGCAGAAGAGCUUGAUGAUUUAGAGUUAGAAGAGGGAGAAAUUUUAGAGGAAGAAGAAGAAACCCAAGAAAUAGACAUGAAGGAUAAUAGUGAAAGAGAAAAGCUUAUUCGUGAAGGGCAAAUGACACCAUUUGGGACCACCUCCAAUGCUAGUAAGACUGUUUCGUUCCCAAGGCCAAGCAAGAUUUACACAGAAAAGCAUUUAUCUGUGGGGAAAAAGGAUUCUACUUUGAAAUCUAAAACAGAAAUUAUAAGCUGUGGAGAAAUGACACUAUUUGGCACCAUCUUGGAACCAGCUGACACCUCAAACAGGCUUUCAGAUACACAGUCUGGGGCUAUUGGAAAGUUUGAACAGUAUCUUCAAGAUCAGUUCAGCCGACAAAAACAGCACAAUGGAUCAAGUAAAGAUGUUUCUUGUAAAAAGUCUUCUGGUGACCCCAGCUAUGGUUUUCCAAAGAAAAGAAGGAAGAAGCUGAAGGAGUACGUUGGAGUAUAUGAUAAUGGAAAUGACAACCAUGAUAAUCUGAAUUUUUCUAAAAACCAAGGGAAAGCAAAGAAAUCCAACAAAAAAGAUCCUCUCAAAAAACACAUUCUUCAUCCUAAGAAAAGAAGGACUGAAAAAGUUAGUCUUACUGUCACAAGUACAUUAGAAUCAGAUCAGUUAAAACUUCCUCCGCGUAGGUUGUUAUCAGAACAUGUGAGCUUUGAAGGAAGUGAUUCUGAAUAUUCAGAUAAUCAAGAGAGAGACUCAGACUAUUUUCCAUCUGAUUAUGACUGUGCUGAUGUGAUAGAAAGUGAAAAUGAUGAGAACUUUGAAAGUGAAAAUAUUGGUGAGAAAAGAAAAUAUAUUUUGAAAAUAAGAAACAAGAAGAAAGUAGAAGGUAGUGAUGAAAUGUCAUCUGAAGAUGAUGUUCCCAAGGUGAAACAGAAGAAUAGAAAAUCAAAAGAUGAUGGAAACAUAGCUGAUUAUAUGAAAAGAGUUGAAACUUGGAAAAAAGAAAGGUUGAAAAAAAAGCAAGAUAAAAUUCUCAAAGGAGAAGACCUAGAUUCAGAAGAGGAAGAGGAGCAAGGCUAUGAGCAGUUUACAGGUGGCUACAAGGUGCCACUACUAGUAUGGAAUAAACUCUACAAAUACCAGAAAACAUGUGUGAGGUGGCUGUGGGAACUGCAUAGUCAAGGAUGUGGAGGCAUUUUGGGAGAUGAGAUGGGCCUUGGCAAAACUAUCCAGAUUAUAUCCUUCUUGGUGGGGCUUUCCUACUCAGGUCUUUCUUACCGAAGACAGAGGUGGAAUGGUUUAGGACCAACAUUGGUGGUGUGUCCUGCCACUGUUCUCCAUCAGUGGGUGAAAGAGUUUCACAUAUGGUGGCCUCCCUUCAGAGUGGCUGUUCUACAUGAAUCUGGCUCAUUUACUGGUACAAGACCUGCCCUUAUCAGCAACAUCAAUAGCCAUAGUGGGAUAUUAGUUACCUCCUACACUGGUGUUCGGGACCAGCUUGAAACAUUGCUUCAGUAUGACUGGCACUACAUUAUUCUUGAUGAAGGUCACAAAAUCCGCAACCCAGAAGCUCAAAUCACAGUUGCACUUAAGAGAUUUCAAACCCCACACAGACUGAUUCUUUCUGGCUCACCAAUACAGAAUAGCUUAAAGGAACUGUGGUCACUUUUUGAUUUUGUGUUCCCUGGGAAGCUGGGGACAUUACCAGUUUUCUUGCAACAGUUUGCAGUGCCCAUUACACAGGGUGGUUAUGCAAAUGCCACCAAACUGGAGGUCCAGACAGCAUUCAAGUGUGCUUCUAUGCUUCGAGAUACCAUCAACCCUUUCCUGUUGCGCAGAAUGAAGAAUGAUGUAAGGAGUCAUCUAAGUUUGCCUGAUAAGAAUGAACAGGUCCUGUUUUGCAGUUUGAGUGAUGAACAGCGUAAAAUCUACUCAGAGUAUAUUGCUGGUGACCAAGUGAAAGCCAUCAUGGGAGGUCGAGCAAAGGUAUUUGUUGGAUUAAUCAAUCUUCGGAAGAUAUGCAACCAUCCAGAUUUAUAUACAGGAGGCCCUGUUGGUGAAAACACUACCUGGAACUCUGGCCUUCAGCCAGAGUUGAGAUACGGAUGGUGGAGCCGCUCAGGCAAAAUGCAUGUUCUGCGUUCCAUUCUACAGCUUUGGUCUUCUCAGGGUCAUAGAGUCUUACUCUUCACACAGUCUCGCCAGAUGAUGUGUAUUCUUGAAAAGUUCCUGAUGGAUGAAAGUUAUUCCUAUCUCAAAAUGGAUGGAACUACAACAGUGGCCUCCCGCCAGCCUUUGAUUAACAAGUUCAACAGUGAUCCUUCCUACUUUGUGUUUCUUCUCACCACCCGCGUUGGAGGCCUUGGAGUAAAUUUGACUGGUGCUGACAGAGUUGUGAUAUAUGAUCCUGAUUGGAAUCCCUCAACGGAUUCUCAGGCCAGGGAGAGGGCAUGGAGGAUUGGCCAGUUGCGUCAUGUAACUAUUUACAGGCUACUAAUGGCUGGUACAAUCGAGGAGAAGAUCUACCAUCGACAAAUCUUCAAACAGUUUCUGACAAAUCGUGUCUUGAAAGAUCCUAAACAGCAAAGAUUUUUUAAAACUAAUGAUCUUUAUGAGCUUUUUUCUCUGACUGAGGGUGAAAAAGAGAAAACAGAAUCAUCUGCCAUCUUUGCUGGGACAGGUUCAGAAAUAAAACUUGGAGUGAAGAAGAAACAGAGUGAGCAAAGUGAGAAAAAAAAAACUGAUCCACACAGAAAUAGAGAAACUUGUGAUAAGGUGGAAGUCAGCUCUUUGCCUAAAGGUAGAGUAUUUACAAAUAAUCCAAUGAGCAAAACACAAAAUAAGAGCCAUGAAAAAAAGAAAAGUAUUGCUAUGUCUGUUGAAAAUGUAGAUAAAAAUAGUGCACAAGUAGGUCUUAACCAAGUGGAGAAAAUGAAGGAGCUUGCUAAGCUCAUCAGCAAAAAGAUUGGGAGCACAAAAAAAUUACAGGAUGAACCCAUAGACUCCAUCCAUUUAGACUCCUCACACAAAGAAGAAGGUAACACUGAUGAUAAAAGUUUGGAUUCCUCACUCAUAGGGGAAGGUAAAGAUGAUGAUAAAACCUCAAGUAAUAUACUCCCAAAUAAUGAUAUGGAAGUGAAGAUGAGUGAAAACAAUGUAGAUGAAGAAAAACCAGGAACAUUUGCAGUAAAAGAUUUCAUAAUCAGUAAACCAAGUGCUGUGGAAAACAUAGCAGACAUGAAACUUGUUGCAGAAACAGAAACAUCUUGUACAAAAGGUUUGACUUUUACAAGUUUAUCACUGUCAUGUGAAGAGGUGUCACAUCACCAAGGAAAGGAAAAGAGAUCUACAAAGCUUGCAAAUGUUGAUAAAUGUUUGGAAAAAGCUGAAGAAAAAUCAAAGCCCUCAGGAAGUAUACUUUUUAAGGCAUUAAGUAUAGGAAAUUAUGAAAGGGAGAGAAACAAAGCUCAAGAAAUGCACUCAGACAAGUUUGAAAUAAAUAGUGACUUGAAUACAGAACAGAUUAGGAAUAGCAACAAACAUAAGAAAAAGUACAAAGAUAAAAGCAAGGAAAAACACAAGGAACAUCAUAAAAAGGGGAAAAAGUUUGAAGGAAUGCGCAUUGAAUAUUUAGCAAAGAAGAGAAAAUAUAAAAAAACAGAGGAGGAGGAAAUGGAAGAAAAAGAACUUUCAAAGUCUCAGGACCAAUAUGUUCUUGAAAAACUCUUCAGAAAAUCUGGGAUCCAUGGUGCCCUUAGUCAUGAUGCCAUUAUGAAUAAUAGUGAUCCAGACUACCUACUGGUGGAAGGGGAGGCUGAGAGAGUGGCCAAGGAGGCUCUGAAGGCUGUAAGAGCCUCUCGGGCACGGUGCUUUAGGCCUCAACCUAUUGAAAGUAAACAAUUGUCUCUUGGAAAAAGCACACUUAAAUUUGGGAAAAAUAAAAGCCAGAUAUUUAAGGAAGUCAGUUAUGUUGGAGGUAGUAAGAUGAAGGAUGGAAGUCAUAAGGAACAGAAAAUUCCUAUGUUUAGUGGAGGAUUUGAAGAAGAGAUAAAAGACAACACCGAUGUCAAGGAUGGUGGUGAGAGCAAGCUGAACACUCCUCUAUGCAAUGAACAAGGUGUGGGAUCAAGUGGUAUCCUUUCAUCAUCUCAGUUGCUCUCCCGCAUGCGACAGAGAAACAAGGGGAUUGCUCUUGAUUCGGAGAAUGAGGAAGAGGAUGAUUAUGAUCCUGAUUAUCCAUCUACAGCACCAGUGGAUGAGGAGAGUUUAGAACCUGAAAUACAGGAAAACAUCGACCUUUUAGCAGACAUUAGAAACUUUGUAGCAUUUCAAGCAGAGAUUGAUGGGCAAGCUACCACUCAGGAAAUAAUAUCCAGAUUUCAAGAACGUUUGCCUGCCAGCCAGACUCCUUUCUUUAAAGCUCUCCUCACUCAAAUUUGUGACUUCCACAGAGAUAACAGUGGCAGAGGGAUUUGGUCUUUAAAAGGUGAAUUUAGGUAAUAAAUAACAACUGAUGAUAAAAAUAAAAAUGCUGGAGAUAUUUAAAUUUUUAUAAACUUCAGACUGUUAGAUAGAUAAUAGAAAGUGAAUGUGCUUUUAUGUAAAUUUAUUUUUGUUGUGAAGAUUAAAUAGGACAUAUGACAAAAGAAAAAAGGUUUAUGAAAGCUUUUGCCAUCUUGUUUUGCAUAAACAGAUUAUGAUGGGGAUUUCCAAUCUUCUUGUCCCUUAUUGUAGGAAUUAUGGAUGUUUGUACAAUGUUAUUGUGUCCCUGUGUCUCAGGAACUUUUAAUUAAAUCUAAAUAUUUUUAUAUAUGCCUUGUACAAAAUAUAGUAUUGCAUAGCAAAUAUUUAUAUUAGUAUAACUGCACCUUUCCAUAUGGAAGGUCAUGAAUAUUCAUAGAACUUUGUACAUUGAUAGAUCAAUACAUGAUUGAUAGUCUCAUCAGGAUAUACAUUUAUCACACAACUGGUCUUCUGUCAGACAAGUAGCAUGACAUAUUACAAGGAACAGUGCACCAAAGUAUUGAAAAUAAUUUUUUUUUAUCUGACCUUGUUUACUCUCAAGUAUGUGAUGUGUAGACCAGUUCUGGUCUACACACACACACAUACACCCACACACAAAAAAAAAAAAAAAAAAAAAAAAAUCUCCCUCCAAUCACCAUCUCUCCUCUCUGGGGCCUAUUACUCGUUCUUAGGGAGAUGGAGGAUAAGUUGGGAGGAUUAAAGGGGAAGAAAGUAGCUGUCUUUAAAAUAUGGCAUUCAAGGAUUCUUUCACAGUCAGGCCAGUAGAAAAGUAUGAUUCUCUAUCUUGUAAAACUGAUAUGUCUAUUUCUUUCUUGAAGAGUAAUAUGAUAUUAAAAUACAAUUAGUAGUUUGUAUUUGUUGGUAGUCAGUCAGUCGGUCUAGUAUUUUGUGUUCCAGGAAAUUCUGGGGUCUGUGUGGCCCUAUAGAUCAUGCUGUAUCAUGCUGUCUUGCUUAUUGAGGACUGGCCUAUGAUAAAGAGUAUUACAAUGUGAUUUCAUGAAAUAUUAAGAUAUUAUCUGUGAUAAUAAAUUAUUUUUUUAUGAAGUAAUGUAUACAGGGUGUCCUGCAAGUUAAGAUACAUGCUUCAGGAUUUGAUAGUUUGAGUAAUUCUAAGUCAAAAAAUACUCUAUACACAUAUGCUGUGUUUUGCUUUACUUUAGGAGAAAUUAAUGUGUAAGUUGUGUGUUGUGGAAGCCACUCACCUGGGGUGGAUGAGCCUCUGCUUCCUUCCUUCUAUCCUUGACUCGCUAUGUAUUCAAGAGGUGCUGCACAGCAUUAAGUGAUAAUUUUUUGUGUCCAAUCUAUGUAGUCAAAGCCUUACAGGAAAUGGUCAGCAAAUGACAAAUUACAUUUUUGUAUGUGUCAGUGAAGAAAAUGUACAUGUAACACAGCUAUACAAUGGUUAAGUGCUACUUUUUAAACAUACUUGGCAACUCACCAGCUUCACAACGACUGCCUGGCGUUCCUGCCACUCCUGGAAAUGUCGCUUUUGAUUGUAUAAUGUUCUUUUUAAAUGAUUUCAAAUUGUGCUAUGUUCUGUGAAUUUUGCCCCAUUAUGUAUUUGUGUUUGUAUUCUUGUACUGAUGGUGGGACUUCAUAUUGUAAUCUGAAUGAUCAGCUUGAGUUGCUCCAAUACAUUCAGCUGCCGCAGAAGUAGUGAGGAAACAUCCUUUCACACAGAGAUGCUGACACACUGUAGAAUACUCUGCUAUCUUGGUGUUUUGUUUAAGUAUCUGCAUCUGUAUUCUGUUGCUGAAGCCCGGGCAUUCCCACCACAGAAUGAAUAUCAUGUCUGAAUACUCAGUGUUACUGAAUGUGAAAAGCAUUGUCACAGUAGCAAAAGGAUGCACUUUGGCAGUCAGCUGAUUGAUGAGGGCUGUCACUUUGGUGUCAAGACGUCAGCUGUUGAGUGUUGAUGGAGGUGACGUGACAGUUGCAGUGAGUUGCCAUGUAUGUUUAAAAAGUAGCACUUAACAACCACUGUAUAGCUGUGUUACAUGUACAUUUUCUUCACUGACACAUACAAAAAUUUUAUUUGUCAUUUGCUAACUAUUUCCUGUAAGGUUUUGACUGCUUAGAUUGUACACAAAAAAUUAUCACUUAAUGUCAUGAGAUGUCACUCUAAUACAUAGUGAGCUGAGUAGGGAAGGAAGGCAGCAAAGGCCUACCCAGGUGAGCAGUUCCUGCAACACACAACUUAUUAACUUAUUUCUCACAAAAUAAAGCAAAACACAACAUAUGUGUAUAGAGUAUUUUGAUUUAGAAUUAGAAUUACUUGAACUAUCAAAUCCUAAAGCAUGUACCUUAACUUGUAGGACACCCUGUAUAGUCUGUAACUGCUUCAUUUAAUUCUAUGUAGCGUAGACAGUCGUAAAGUGGAGAAGGUGUUGGGUUAUAAAGUACAGGCUGCAGUACUUAUCUUACUACUAGUACAAAUUUCUUAAGAGACAUUAACACCUAACAAAGUUAUCUGUCUACUUUGAUGGUUGAGUAACAGUCAUAGUUGACACCUCUAGUAUUUUCUUCACUAAACAAGGACUUGCUACCAAGAGGAUACAGGACACUACCAAGUUAUUUACUAUAGUGGAUCCAGACUGACUUGGUACUCAGGGUGUUGGUUGUACUUGUCUGCGCUGUUGCCACCACAAUCCUGGAGUGACCUGAAAUGACCUGGACCAGUAGGGUGUGGCCUGGGGGGAUUCACAUGUCAAAACACAGGGGUGGCAGUGCCACACAGUCUAUAUGCAUUGUCAAGUGUACUGGAAGAUAUACAGCAACAUUGUUUCACCAUAAAAAAAAAAUAAAUAAAUAAAUAAAUAAAAAUAAAAAAAUUUUAAAGUAAAAAAAAAACAUGCAAGUGUAGAUAACUUAUAAUUUUGGAAUAAUUAAAGCAAAGGAUUACAAUAUGAGUGAGAGGGGAGAUCAUCAUGUGUCUGUCAACUGUGAAUGUAAUGCCAUUGUGAGACAAAAACAACCAACGUCCAAGUACGAAGUAAACUUGUGAACCUGGGAGUCAUUUCAUUGUUGUUGCAUCUCAUGGAUAUGUUGCACUCUGCUAGUUAGGAACCUUAUUCAUGGUUGUAGUUCUCAUCACUAUACACCUGUAUAUGCUGAUAAGGUAACAGCUUUGGGCAUCAUCAAGUAAGGCAUGCCAUUCUAUGCAGUUUCUCAGGCCACAUGGCAGGAUAGGAGAGGCAGAGCUGCAGUGUGGAGUUGCAUGUCCUUUGGCAUAGGUUUUUUUUUUCUGAAAAUUUUCUUUGUAAAAAUGCCCCCAGUAUUUCACACUUGCUCUACAUUGGGAGUGAUAUUUUUUUACACAAAAUAAGAAUUAUCUAAAUAAUCUUUAUUUCUUUUAUUAAACAAAGUUAUAACUCAGUGUUUUCCAUUAAUAACUUUGACACAAGGCAUCUUGUGAUGUUCUCAUAGCCAGGGUCUAUUAACACCUCUUAAACACUUCUCGACUUAUACCAAUAAGUGAUUCAUAGCAACAUGCAUCUCAAUAUUAGACUGUCCCCAGAUGCUUCAGUACUGCUGCUCAUAUACUGUAUCAACACACAAAAGGUUAAUAGGGGGCCAUUAAUUGACCCCUUAAGAGCUGUUGCCUGAACAGUAAAAGCCACCAACAUAGUGAAGCAACAGUUAGAAGAAUUUGUUCAUCUUACAGUCAAGCUUGCAUGACACAGAGGUCACCAGCACAGCCUGUGUUCCUCUCGCCAACAAAGAAGCACUCUGCAACCAUAACCAUCAUUGAUGACCACACCACACAAAUGUGUGGUGAGAAGGACAGUUUUAAGAUUCUACACAAGGGAGGAGAUCCAUACACUGCACAAAGGAAAAUAUUUCCUUCAAUGGAUGCACUGUAUCUCUACGCAAGAUUCUCUAAGAGAUUGAGUUCAAAUACAGAGAACUUGAUGGCUGUAAAUUCCUCAUGGAGAGAAGUAAUGCUGCUGCUCAUACCCAAUUUUUGCAAGUAAUGUGUCAUCUGAAACAGUCCACAGACGAACAUUGUUUACCUGGAUGAGACCUAGGUUAACUCUCCCCUCUUUUACACACACUGUAUACUCCCUACACAUAUACAGUGAUGGCUCUUGCCUCCCAUCCCUUUCCCUCUCCACUCCUUCAGUUGGAGCAGCUAUUUACAAACAGUCAUUCUUCAUUACCACUGGCUGAAGGUUGCCAGCCACUGCCUCUAUCCUCACAGCAGAACUGUUCGCCAUUAAGGAGGACCCCCAAGUUUGUUACCAGUCACUCUUCACUGAUUCUCUAAUGGCCCUCCAUCUCAUCCAGUGUCACUUCCCCCCAUGUCACAUCACUCCAUUUACCUACAAAUUCACCACUUAAUAUAUCAACUGUCUGCUACACACAUCAACAUCCACCUUCAUUGGGUCCCUUCCAAAAUCAGCAUUGUGAGCAACACUGUGGCCAACAGUGGCAGAGACUCACCCCUCUCCCAUAGACCUCACAGACCAGACUGACCUGACCAACCUACAGAAGAACUGUAAUUUACACUGGGAAAGACACCUGACAAAUGCCCUACAGUACACGAUACUUGGAUGCAUCAGAUGGGAGACAUGACACCAUUAGUAGACCCAGCUGUGUCCUAGACACUGCAGUCACCAGACUCAGGAUAGGACACAGCUGCCUUAAUGCCCACAUGCACAGGCUAGGCCUGACAUAACUCUCAAAGCCCCUGGUGCCCCACACAGCCAGACACUUCAGAACACCUGCUGCUACAUUGCCCCUGCCAUCACUCCCACCACACCGCCUUCCUCCACUCACUGGCAUCAUUCCAAGUCUACAGGCCAUCACUACCAGACCUAUUGGGUGGUUCCCAAGACCCCAGCCUGGCCUUCAAGACACUCAAGCACACCAGGGUCUUCCUUCAGAAGACUGGACAACUCACCAGAAUCUAACCAGAUAGCUUGCCUGCUGCUAGCACCUUUGAGGCACUAGAGGCUCUGGCACCACAGCCUGCAAGGCCCCCCAAGUCCUCAACAAGAACAAGGCCUAGGUGAAACACAGUAUGGAAAAUGUUGGACUGACACCACAUCUGAAGCAACAAUAGGAGUACAACCGCUGACAGGAAAUGGAGGCCAUCUCAUAAUUCUCCAUGCAGGAACAAGAGUUGGUUUCAUCAACAAUGCAGAACUGAUAUUCCAGGCGAAGAACAGUGAUUACCACAAGCAGAUGAAUUCCACAGUGUUUGAAGAGUGGUUCAGGAAUCAGCUGCAGCCCAGUAUUGCAUCAAAUUCUGUCAUCAUCAUGGAUAAUGCUCUCUACCACUCAUGCAAUAAGAAAAAGUACAAAGUUCAUCAUGGAGGAAGGCAGGACUUGAAGGAGUGGCUUGAAAGGAAGGCAGAGCUGUAUGAGUUUAUGAAGAAUUUUGCAGUUGGCAAAAAGUAUCAUAUUGACAGUAUUUCAGACUUGGCAGGGCAAAGGAUUGUGAGGUUACCAGUUACCACCCUACCACUGUCAGUACAGCUCCAUUGAGCUCAUAUGGGCUCAGGUCAAAUCCUUUGUUGCCAAGCAGAACAACUUUAAAAUGGCUGACUUGAAACAUCUUGUGAAGGAAAUCCUGAGUCACGUCAUUGCACACAACUGGAUGCAAGUUGCUGUCCAGGCUGAACUACUUCAAGAGGAAGAUGGACAAGAAAUAGUGGUGGAUCACUUCAUGAAUUCUCUGAUCAUUGACACUGCUGAAAGUUUGGACGAACUUUCAACAGUGUCAAUGAUCAGAGUUCAGUUAAGCCUCCUGGGGAAAUUCUCUCUCUCUCUCUCUCUCUCUCUCUCUCUCUCUCUCUCUCUCU